AUGAUCGCUAUCACAGACACUGUCAAGCAGGAGGCCGCCCUGGCUGUGCACAUGCUGCAAAGCAUGGGUGUGGAUGUGAUUCUGAUCACAGGGGACAACCGGAAGACAGUCAGAGCCAUUGCCACCCAGAUUGGCAUCAACAAAGUCUUUGCAGAGGUGUUGCCUUCCCACAAGGUGGCCAAGGUUCAGGAGCUCCAGAACAAAGGGAAGAAAGUCACCAUGGUGGGGGACGGGGUCAAUGAUUCCCCGGCCUUGGCCCAGGCAGACGUGGGCGUCGCCACUGGCACUGGCACAGAUGUGGCCAUCCAGGCAGCCAAUGUCGUCCUCAUCAAAAAUGAUUUGCUGGACGUGGUGGCUAGCAUUCAUCUUUCCAAGAUGACUGUCCAGAGGAUAUGCAUCAACCUUGUCCUGGCGCUGAUUUAUAACCUGGUGGGGAUACCCAUCACUGCAGGAGCGAGCUUUCCAGAUGAGUUGAAGAUAUGUGCAUGGGCAGGAGAUGAUGACUUAUUGCAGGGCAAGGCAUCAUCCGUGUUGAAGGAGUGCCAGUGUUUCAGAAAUGGACACAGAGCAGGUUAA